CAGGCAGGAGCUUGCCCAUUCAGCUAAGCAAAUCUUCCUCUGGCCUCCACCAUCCCUUUCCCCUCCAGCGCCGGCCGCCCCUAACCCCCGAAAGAGAAGCUCCCAGCUGCAAGUCAAACUUGCCUCCUACCCUUGCCGGCUUUUCCAAUCUCAAUGGAACCCGAUGGCGCCGCUGCCACGCUUCGGAACAUCAACGACGCCAUGGAGGAGGUGCGCCGCAGAAGCCUCAGCUAUAGGGGCUGGACCAUCAAGGAGGCGAUGGAGGACAUGCGCAGUGGAAAGUGGGAGCGGCGUCGCAUAGCCUACCGCACGCUGCAGGCCAACGCCGGCCUCGCCGAGGCUGACCCAUGGCAUCUCCCGGCUCAAUUCGUCAUGCCCGUGCAGAAGAAGCCGGGGAGCUCGAGACUGUGGACACAUUCUGGGUACUGGGAAGAGAAAGAAGACGACUUCAUCGCGAUCCGCUCCAGGGGAGGAGGAGAAGGCUCGUCCUCGCCCUCCAGCUCGCCGUGCUACGAAGGGGUUAGGAGGACCCUGGAGUUUUACGAGCACAACGGCACCAAGACGGACUGGGUCAUGCACGAGUACAGCCACCUCGAUGCCAACAUGUUUCUCCAGGAGGAUAUGGUUCUUCGUAAGGUAUUCAAUAAAAAACACACACAUCGGGUACAUUUCAUCUUGGAGCAUCUUGAGUGGAUCAUGGAAGCUCACCGUGAAACACUCGCCAAGCACAGUGAACAAGAAGCGCUGAUCAAUUAUGUGAAGAAAACUCUGUUCGACGAAGUUAUGCAGUCCCUACGGGAAUCUGGGUGUGGGGAGUUCCCAACUGCGUCCUCUGCUCCAGAUGGAGAAUCAGAUGAUGUUUGGCAGCACUUCACCAGGAUAAACACCAAAGAUCCCGAUGUGGUGUACGCAGCGUGCCACCGCUGUGACAGGGUGCUCAGGGCUCAUUCCAAGAAUGGCACUUCUCACCUCAGAAGGCACCGUAAGACUAAGACAUGUACAUGCAACAACAAUCCAUCAUCCACCACUGAGGACCAGGAGAGCCUGCGUGAGCUCCGCGCAAACCUCGAUCUCUACAAGCACGGGAAGAUGGAGGGAAGGGUUGUCGACUCUCCGGACCUCAACACUAGUGUGGAUCCGUGGGAUCUUCCCACCCCACGCUACUUCACGAGCUCGUUGAACCGGAAGACGCAUCAGGGGCGCUGGGAGGAGAUUAAGAGUCAUGACAAGCUCAUCGCCAUCCGCAUCGGUCAGUUGCCGGUGCCGCAGUACGCGGGGCUGAAGAGGACCCUGGAGUUCCACCAUGAUGACGGCACCAAGACGGACUGGAUCAUGCUCGAGUACCACCAGGUCGAUGACUACAACACCCGCGACCUGCUUCUUGAGGGGAGCAUGGUGUUUCGCAAGGUAAUCCAAAUUUUCAAAGAUGCGGUCAAAGAGUUGGAAAGGAUGUGGAAUGGGGACGACGAAGAAGAAGAGCGCUACAUCGGUGAGCGUGAAGAAGAGGUGAAGGCGUGCAUGAGCACCUUGCUCCGUGACUGCUUGCUCGGUGAGGUUGGUCAAAGUGAUCAAUCACGGGUUGGAAAGCGCAAGAGGACUGGUGCACCGGAGGGCGGAUCAGAAGUUUGGCUGUACUUCACUAAGAUUUACACCAUGGAUCCUGACAGGGUGUAUGCAGUGUGCCACUCUUGUGACAGGGGUUACAAGGGUCACUCCAAGAAUGGCACCUCUCACCUUAAAAGGCACAACAAGACAUGCUCAAGCAAGCACCGGAAAGUGUAGAGGAAGAAGUCUGGCAAUUCGUACUAGUUUUCGGGAAAUAUGAACCUUAGAACAGGAGAAGGGAGAAUGCGCUGAAGCUAGGAGCGGAAAGGAUGACCUUUUAAGCUGUGUCUUUUUCUUCUUGUCAACGUUUCCUUUUCUCAGUUUGUUUUAGGCUUGAUCUAUCCUCAAAGUACUGUCUCUCUUCAGAAAAAAAUUAUGAUGUCAGUAUGGCUAAGUUGUUGAGUGAGUCUUAUUGGAGGUCUAAAAGUGUUGUCUUUCUUCAGAAAAUUGUAGUGUCAGUAUGGAUAAGUCGUUCAGUUCUAUUGGAGGUUGUUUUUACUUUUAGGUACAAUGAUACGUGGCCCACCUAAUCUACGAUUUUGAUAUUUGAGGAGUACUAUCUUCUGAAUCUAAAAGGUGGAGACUGAUUUAAUAGUUAAGCUGCUAGCUGCAGUUUGCUUCCGAGAUU